GAAUGCUGUUGGCUGAUGUGUAAGGUUUUUCAAGACAAGGGAUCAGUGGGAUGUCAAACCAUGGCUACAAUGAGCUCUGAAAGACAAAACCCAACAGCUGCUGAAAUGCUGUUGGACGGUUAUCCAUUGGAGCUUUUGGAUGGAGACGCUUCAAACAUCCCAGAGAAGUGGGUGACAGCCGUGCUAAUGGAGCUUCACAAGAAGGUUGGUGAGAAGAGCAGGCUGAUAGUACUAACCGUGUUGGGUGUUCAAAGUACUGGAAAAUCAACUCUUCUCAACACCAUGUUUGGUGUUCAUUUUCCGGUCAGCAGCGGCAGAUGUACAAGAGGGGCCUAUAUGCUUUUCAUCAAAGUUGGAGACGAUACACAAAUUGAGUUGGGUUGUGACUUCAUCCUCCUCAUUGAUACUGAAGGUUUGAAAUCCCCUGACCUUGCACAACUGGAAGAUAGUUAUGAGCGUGACAACCAACUGGCAACCUUUGUCAUUUGCUUAAGUGAUGUGACCAUUAUCAACAUUGCAAUGGAGAAUGCAACUGAAAUGAAAGAUGUCCUGCAAAUUGCUGUCCAUGCCUUCAUUAGAAUGAAACGAAUUGGAAAAAAUACAAUUUGUCAUUUCGUGCACCAAAAUGUUGCUGGAGUUUCAGCUCAUGCCAAAAACUUGACAGAGAGACAACAUCUAUUGGACCAACUAAAUGAAAUGACCCAAAUUGCAGCUGAAAUGGAGAGACAGCCUUCGAUUCAAGCAUUCACAGAUGUGCUCAACUAUGACUUGGAAAAAAACAACUGGAACAUCCCAGGACUUUGGCACGGAACUCCUCCAAUGGCACCAGUAAACACUGGUUACAGUGAAGCUGUAGCAGAUUUCAAGAAAAAUCUUCUGGAGACUGUGGUAAAGGAAAUCAGUAAUGAUGUCUCAAAGAUCCCAGACUUUCUGGAAUGGAUGCGUAGUCUGUGGAAAGCGGUUAAAUAUGAGAACUUCAUCUUUAGUUUCAGAAACACACUUGUGGCCCAUGCUUAUGACAACCUGUGCAAAGAGUUUGCCCAGUGGGAAUGGGAGAUGCGAAAAGCACUCCUCAUCUGGCAGACAGCAGCAGAGUCAGAAAUCUUAAAUGCCAACAACGAGGAUGAAAUGGAAAGAUUGGUCACAUUAAAGAAAUCAAAACUAUCUGAGGAAAUUGAAUUACAAAAAAGCAUAUUCAAUGGGAAACUCUCAGACUAUUACAGAGAGAAAGACAGAUGUGUAAAAUUGGUGGAGAAAUACAAAACUGACUUUUUCAAUAGUAUUACAAGUCUGUCAAAUGAUAUUGAAAAUUCAGUGAAUGCUCAAUUGGACAGAGUCCUUGAGGUAAAAAUUGGUUUGAAAAAGGCACAGAAUAUACAACAGGAGUACUGUGGCGUGAUUGAAGAGCGAGUCAUGAAACUUCUGCAUGACUUCAAAAAUGUCACACUGUCUGAUGACCAACUGAGAGAGGAGUUUGACAAAAUGUGGACUACAGCUACUGCUAAUGUACCUAGACUGAAAGAGCAACCUAUACCUGCAUAUAUUCUCGCCAUGCUGAAGAGAAAUUUCUCAAAUCGGAACGUGAAUGAGAAAUUAAGACCAAUCAAAAGCCUAAAGGGUUUUGGAAGGGACCGAUUUAAGGCCAGAACUGACCAUGUCGAAUCCAUUUCGAAGAAAAUUAAAAUUUUCUGGAAAGGAGAUUUGCAGAUAUUUGCAGACAAUGUCAUCGAGACAGCCACCCAGUUUAUUCUUGAUAUAACAAAGUCAAAUAGUGAUUACCAUGAUUCUUUCUCAAGGGAUCUUCUGCAGAGGGUUGAUGAAUUGCUUGUUGAAGGUUAUGAUCGUCACAAAACCAACACUCAGUUUGACAUUGACAUCAAACUUCAUAUUUGUGACAUUGCUGCAAGAGAAUUCCUCAAGCAGCACCAAAGAUUCUUGUCAAAUAAUGAUCCCCGAGUACAGUUGGAAAAGUACAAGCAUCAAUACUUGUUAGACUUUCUGGAUUUAUACAAAAAGACAGAUCAUUCCCAACGCAAAGCAAAUGAUUUUGUCCAGCUUUGUAUCAAGCCGGCCAUUGAGGAUUGCAUCAACAAAUCUUUGGGAACUGGAAUUGUAGAUGAAAUUGUGACAGGCAGUCUUUCCAUGAUGUACAGUUUACCCUCUUGUUUCCAAUACAACAUUCAGAAAGAUUUACUGCUGAAAGAUGAUUUCGACACUUUUGUCAAGUACAUUUGUCACUAUGAAACAUACCUUAAGAAAAAGAUACUUCUUGACAUCUGCCAAGCAAUGAGGAAGGACAACACGUUGUACAAAUUACAGAAGAUGAUCCUGGAGAUAGUAGUUGUCAAAAUAUUAAAUGCAAUGAAGGAGGCCUCAAAUAUGCAAUCAGAUGACGAUGCAAACAUUCUAAAACUUGUCAUCAAAAUGCGCAAUAAUCUGAUUAAAGACAUGGUAAUAUCGGAGGAGGCACAACAGUGCACCCUGUUUCAGAUCCAAACCACAUGCAAGUCAUUUACACAAAGCUUCAUUGCAUCCUUGAACACAUUGAAGGAAACCCUCCUUGUUGAAUUCUCCAACAAUGAAAACAUAACUGAAACUCUGAAUAAACUUGAAAGUAACCCACAGAAUGUGCUAUUCAGAAGAGUAGUCGGAUGUGGACAGCAGUGUCCAUUUUGUAAAAUUCCUUGUGAAGCAGGUGGAAAAGAGCACAAACAACAUCAUGCGGCUGUGCAUCGACCACAGGGGCUUGCAAGAUACAGAGAUCACUCAACUCAACUCCUAGUUGAAUCUUUGUGUACGACUGAUGUGCAGAGUAACUCUAAUUUUAAAAACAGUUUGACACGUAAGGAGUGGGUUCGUUACAAAGACUACAGUACCAUCUAUCCUGACUGGCACAUUCCCCCAGACGCCACAAUGGAAGCGUCUAAUUACUGGAAGUAUGUACUGGUACGCUACAAUGAACAAUUUGCUAGCGAGUAUGAUGCCAAGCCAGCAAACGUUCCAUACGAAUGGAAAAAAAUCACACAGAAACAAGCGCUGCAGGGUUUGAAAGAGGCUUUCAACAUUAAAUAAUGUAAUGUGGAGUCUGUUGUAGAUUGAGGUAAAAAUUAUGUGCAGUGUACCUGGGUGAGCAUUACAAAAAGAACAGAGAAAAAAGAAGACAUGCUAGAAUUUGACUCUUGAAAAUAAGCACACUGUCAAGGAUGGAAUUUAAAUUUAUCAUGAAAUAUUUUAGAAGUUGUGCACAUAAAGCAUCACAAUCACAAGGCAGCAAACCAAACAGGAUGUGGCUUUUUGUGAAUUCUUCUGCAAAUUGCAAAAAUAUUUACAACUUGGUAGUUCAUUUGCACACUGAUUGAGGAGUAUCUGCAACAUUUGCACAAUCAACAUUGUCCCAGAUUAUCGCAUUACUCGUCACUUUAAUCUGCAUUCGAGCUACUCUAAAUGCUAGAGGACUCUGCAUCUUUUUGCACAAUUGUCAAACAAACAAAAAAAAAAUGUACCGGCAUUACCAGAUAACUAGCAACCCUUUACUGCUCAGUGACUGUUUUUUUUUUUUUUUUGUCAAUGUCUUUCUGUCUCCAAAGUGCUCUGUAAAUUGACUGUCUGUUGUCGUACUAGAGCGGCUCCAACUACCGGAGACAAAUUCCUUGUGUGUUUUUUGGACAUACUUGGCAAAUAAAGAUGAUUCUGAUUCUGAUACACUC